GUCUGGCCAUGGAAGCUGAGAACGAAGUGGAGAGCAGCAGCGAUGCAGCCCCUCGGACGGAGCAGCAAGAGGAGCCCUCCGAGAGCGGCCUUGGCGUGGAGACCUCGGAGGCGGUGUCUGCAGACAGCAGCGAUUCUGCCCUGGGGCCGGCCACUCUCUCGGAAGCAGACGAGUCAGGGGUCGGGCAGAGUUCUGACAGUGGGGGUGUCUCCCUGGCCGAGGUGUCUGAGAGCAACUCUGGGAGAGACUCUGUGCCCAGGGCCUACCUACCGGACUCCUCCUCCAUCGCGCAGUCUACGCUGAUCUCCAGCAUCUCCGCUGCCGCCGGCCAGUCCCUCCUCAUCUCACAGUCUGCUCAGGGCCUCGUGCACUCCAGCGUGCUGGUGGAAGGGGCAGCGGUGGUGUCAGAUUCCACAGCCUCCACCUCCUCUGACCUGGGCUCUGCCAUCGACAAGAUCAUAGAGUCCACCAUUGGGCCGGACAUCAUUCAGAGGUGCAUUGCUGUGACAAGUGAAGAGGAUGGUGGGGCACAAACAACCCAGUACCUCAUCUUGCAGGGGCCAGACGACGGUGCCCCUGUGAUGUCCCACCUGGCCAGCUCGACCUUGGCCCCUGGCUUGGUGGUGGAGUCCCUGGUGGACGGCCCCACCUCCACGUGCGUGGAACCCCCGGCCCCGCUGGAGCAGCCGGCCUGCCUGGCCCAGUCCGGGGAGCCUGACCUGGAGAGCCUGGAGGAGCUAAUGGAAGUGGUGGUGGUGCAGCAGUACAAGUGCAAGAUGUGCCACUACAAGAGCGGCGCCAAGCAGACCCUCAUCCACCACAUGCGGGAGCGGCACUUCCAGCUGGCCGCAGCUGCUGGCUUGAAAAAGGGGCGCCCGCGUAAGGGGGUUUCUGUGCAAAAGGCCCCCGAGAGGGCAAAGCCAGAAGAGGAGGAGGAGGACGACGAUGACAUUAUGGAUGCAGGUGCUGUGGAUGACCCAGAAGAUGACAGUGACUACAACCCAGCUGAGGACGAGCCCCGGGGGCGCGGGCCCGGGCCGAAGCUCAGCCGCCCUCUUCCCUCCUCCAGCGAAGAACGGCUGCGCCGGCGUCCAGGAAGGCCCCGCAAAUUCCCUCGCCUGGAGACUGUGCCUCUGCCCGAAGGUGAGGAAAUGGAUCCAGUGGUCUCCUCUCAGUGCGCUCCUCGGGGAGACCUGCAGAGCGCUGAGGCAGCCAGCUCCUCGGCCCCGGCGCCCAUUGCUGGAGAGCGGGUCGCAGAGCCCGCCGUCAGCCAGUCUGACUUGGAGAACAGAGACCCCGCCUCUCACCAGGAGCCGGAACAGAUUUCCCGCCGGCGAGGGCGACCCUCCCACCGUUUCCUGGGCAAGAAAUUCUGCAAGUACCUGGGGCGCAGGUACUGCUACAAGUCUGCCAAGCCCCUGAUGCGCCCCUUCUUGUGCCGGAUCUGCGGCUCCCGCUUCCUCACUCAUGAGGACCUGCACUUCCACGUCAACUCGCAUGAGGCCGGCGAUCCCCAGCUCUUCCGCUGCCUGCAGUGCAGCUACCGUUCCCGGCGCUGGUCGUCUCUGAAGGAACACAUGUUCAAUCACGUGGGCAGCAAGCCAUACAAAUGUGAGGAGUGCGACUAUACCAGCGUGUACAAGAAGGACGUCAUCCGCCACUCUGCUGUACACAACCGGGACAAGAAGAAGCGAGCCGACCCCCCGCCCAAGCGAAGCUCCUUCCCUUGUCCUGUCUGCAGCCGGGUCUACCCCAUGCAGAAGCGGCUCACCCAGCACAUGAAGACACACAGUGCCGAGAAGCCCCACAUGUGUGACAAGUGCGGAAAGUCCUUCAAGAAGCGCUACACCUUCAAGAUGCACCUGCUGACCCACAUCCAGGCUGUUGCAAACCGCCGGUUCAAGUGUGAGUUCUGCGAUCACGUCUGCGAGGACAAGAAGCUCCUCCUCAACCACCAGCUGCUGCACAUCAACGACAAGCCCUUCCGCUGCAGCCUCUGCUCCUACGCCACAGUACGCGAGGACUUCCUGCUCUCCCACAUGGCCGUCAAGCACACGGGAGGCAAGCCCUUCGCCUGCGAGUUCUGCCACUUCACCACCAAGCACAAGAAGAACCUGCGCCUGCACGUCCAGUGCCGCCACGCGGAGAGCUUCGAGGAGUGGGUGCAGCGGCAUCCGGAGGAGCCCCCCUGCCGCCGCCGCCCCUUCUUCACUCACCAGCAGAUCGAGGAGCUGAAGCAGCAGCACAGUCAGGGCCAGCCGGCCUCGGAGACUGCCGUGCCCAGCCCCUCGGUAACCCGGGGUCUUCCCUCGUGCCCCUCCCCAACACCCACCCCCUGCCUGGAGCAGCUCUCAGCCCUUCCUCUCCAGCAGGUCACCUCCCAGCCAGCGGAAGCGCCGCCUGCUCCAGAGCCCCCCAUCCUCGCACCAGAGCCGCUGGAGGGGGCCACCGUCAUCUAUGAGGCAGGCGUAGAAGGCUCAGCUGAGCUGGCCACACAGACGGCCCUGGAUCUCCUGCUGAAUAUGAGCAGCCAGCGAGAACUUCCCGGCAGCACCCUGGAGGUAGCCAUGGUGGAGGCAGAUGGUUUUUCCAAGGCCUCCGAAAGCCAGGUGCCACCCGAAGGGGAGGACGGCCACACCAAGGUGCUGACUCUGCAUGUGGCGGAGCCGAGCGAGGCCCUGGGGCAGGAGGCGUACGAGGGGACAGUCCUGGACAGCGCUGAGCUCCAGCAGGUCACCAUCCCCUUCAGCGGCACGGCGGAGUACAGCAUCAUCACCCCAAGUGGGGACGCCAGCACCACGCUGUACGGUGAGGAGGAGAGUCCCAGUGAGGCUGUCCAAGCUGUGAUCAGAGACACCCUGAAGGACAUCCUGGCCCCAGGUGGCCUCUCAGGGCCCCCGCAGCCUCCAGUCGAGCUGAGUGAGGAGGAGCCACAGCAGGAAGCCCCCUCCGGCGCCCACUGGCCCCGGGUGCAGCGCUUCACCUGGCAGGCCCCCAAGCCUGUGGCAUUGGCCCCCGAGAUCCAGGAGGCGCCCCCCCAGCAGGGCAUGUCCAAGAAGCUCUCUGCCAAGAAGCCGCCGGGCAAAGACUCCUCUUCGGCCAAGAAGUUCUCCUGCAAGAUCUGCGCGGCGACUUUUGCGGGCCGGGCGGAGAUGGAGAGUCACAAGCGGGCGCAUGUCGGGCCCAGCGCCUUCAAGUGCCCGGACUGCCCCUUCACAGCCCCCGCCUGGCCGGACGUCCGGAGACACAUGGAGCAGCACGCCAGCCUCAGGCCCCACAAGUGCCAGCACUGCAGCUUCGCCUCCAAGAACAAGAAGGACUUGCGCCGGCACACGCUGACCCACACCAAUGAGAAGCCCUUUUCUUGCCACAUCUGUGGGCAGAGGUUCAACCGCAACGGGCACCUCAAGUUCCACAUGCAGCGGCUGCACAGCUCGGAAGGGAAGCCACCUGCGGAGCCUGCGCCUAGCACCGCCCCCCAGACCAUCAUCCUGAACAGCGACGAGGAGACGCUGGCCACCCUGCAGACGGCUCUACAGUCCAGCCAGGCCCUGCUGUCUCCGGAGAGGCUCCAGCAGGCUCUUGGGCACGAGCACAUCAUCAUGACGCAAGAGCAGAGCGGCCCCGACCAGGAGGAGGCUGCCUACAUCCAGGAGAUCAUGACGACGACAGCCGAUGGGCAGAUGGUGCAGCACCUGGUGGCAGCAGAGAACCAGGUCCAGUACAUCAUCACCCAAGAGGGUGUUCAGCACCUGCUGCCCCACGAGUAUGUCGUUCUGCCAGAGGGGCAUCAUAUCCAGGUGCAGGACAGGCAGAUCACGCACAUCCAGUACGAGCAAGGUGGCCCGUUUGUGCAGGAGCCCCAGAUCCAGUAUGUCCCUGUGUCACCUGGGCAGCAGCUCCUCACCCAGGCUCAGCUGGAGGCAGCAGCACACUCCGCAGUGACAGCCGUGGCAGAUGCCGCCAUGGCCCAGGCCACCUUAGGCACGAAUGGUGCCACGGAACAGCUCCACCAGCUUCAGCCCGGCGUCGAUUACGACAUCAUCACCCUGGCAUAGUAGCGGGGGCU